UUUACACAAUCAAACUAUUUUUGGUGUUAUUUUAUUUAUAAUUUAUUUGUCUUCUCUUUUUAACACUCUUUUACUCCUAUGUCGAGUUAUAACUAAAAUUUAAUUUUUGUUUCUACCUUUACUUCUUUCUUAAUCAAUAUUAUUGUCUGUUAUACCCAGAAUUUACUUUCUUUCGUCAUAAAUAACCGUAAAUUUCAUUUUUUAGACCCUUAAUUUCCAAUCAAUCUCCCUUCUCUCCAAAUAAACCACAAUUUAAAAAUAAGAUAAAAUUUUAAAAACACUUGUUUAUCUGAAAUCAACAUGGUAAGGACUGAAGUGUAUGGACAUCGUGGCAUGGGCUGUAGCACAGUUUUAACCUUCGCCUCAUACCCUGAAAACAGUUUAUCAGCUUUUGAAAAGGCUUUGGAGGCGGGUGCUGACGGUUUUGAGUUUGAUCUUUUCUUAACUGAUUAUGGCGAAGUCGUCGUUUGUCACGGUAUGGAACCCUACGGUGCAGCCUGUCUGAACCUUUUAUUAUAUGAAAAUGGUAAAUUAUCAACAUUCCCUCCAGAUCUUUCUGUUCAGAAUCUCACUGUUUCACACCUGAAUGUUGUGCUCAAAGCUCCCUGGACUCUUCCAGGCCUUAAUUCUCGAGAUUCCGUUUCUGAAUACUCAAAGAAACUGAGUGAAUCUGAAAAGCGUGAUUUGCUACAAAAGUAUUUGCAAGAAGCUAAAGGAUACAAACCUGUUAACGGCACUGAUUAUGAGCGCCUUCCAACCUUGGAAGAUGUUUUCAAUAAAUUCGGUUCCAAGGUAAAAUAUAACCUUGAACUUAAAGGUACAAAGGUACAGUUAUCUGAAGAGGUUUUAAAACUUCUUGAGAAGUAUAGACAUUUGGAUGUGUUCAUCUCCUCUUUCAUGUGGAUCCCGCCGCCGCUAAAUCCAAGCUCUAAAUUUUACCAUAAUGAGAAUGAAAAUAAUCCCAACAAAUCACCAGCUGACCUACUUCUCCCUCUUGUUGGUAACCACUUAAAUGUUCCUUUAGCUUUGUUAUUUGAUACGGUAUCCUCAUUACCUUCGGUGCCUAGAGUAUUAGAGUUUGUUAAGAAGUACAAGGCUUCGUCUGUAAACGUUGCAGACUCGUUCUGGUUAAAUGAACUCCCGGUUUUAGGCCUUGAGGAAAAGAGAGAAAUGGCUCUAGAGAGGUUUGUUAAGGAAAUGCAUGCUAAUGGAGUUAAGGUAUUAACUUACUCAACUGAGCCAUUUGAUAACAAAGAUAAUGUAAAGUUGUAUUUUGAAUACAAAGUUGAUCGUGUGUGUCCAAAUGACGUUCACACAUUCGUUACCUUUUCAAAAUCAUUCCUUUAAUUUUUUAUACAUACCCAAA